AAGAUUUCAUUAAUUAAUAAUAUGAUGAGCGAUAGACCAGUAAGAAGACGACGUCAAAGAAAUCCUUAUUUAUCAACUGCUAGUAACGCGUUUUUUGUUGGGUAUGUUGAAGAUGAUGAACCCGUCGAAGCAAUUAUGAAAAAAUUUGAAGAAUUGGAAAAAAUUCAACAAGAAAUUGCUGCCACUAAACCUGAAAACUUAAUUAAUGAUGAUAAUGUUGAAGAAGAGCCUUUGACUGAGGAACAAUUGGAAGAAGUAUUUAAAAGAACUUCUACAUUUACCGUCAAAUCUGCUACUCUAGCACCAAAUGUUGAUGAUUUUGAGGAUAUAGAAUUAUGGAGAAUAGAAAUGGAAAAUAGUAUUGAAGAAUAUUAUGAAGAAGAUGAUUACAUGGCAGUAGAUGAUGAUUUUUGGGAUGAAGAGUUUGGUGAUAAAAAGAAAAGAAAACGUGAUAAAAAAGAUCAGCGUCUUAAUGAAAAAGCAAAACAAUUACAAAAAUAUAAAAUUUUACAAGCUAAUCUACAAGAUAGGAAUGGCAACUUUUACACAAUAAAAAAUGAGAAAGAAAAGAAGAUUUCAUUAAUUAAUAAUAUGAUGAGCGAUAGACCAGUAAGAAGACGACGUCAAAGAAAUCCUUAUUUAUCAACUGCUAGUAACGCGUUUUUUGUUGGGUAUGUUGAAGAUGAUGAACCCGUCGAAGCAAUUAUGAAAAAAUUUGAAGAAUUGGAAAAAAUUCAACAAGAAAUUGCUGCCACUAAACCUGAAAACUUAAUUAAUGAUGAUAAUGUUGAAGAAGAGCCUUUGACUGAGGAACAAUUGGAAGAAGUAUUUAAAAGAACUUCUACAUUUACCGUCAAAUCUGCUACUCUAGCACCAAAUGUUGAUGAUUUUGAGGAUAUAGAAUUAUGGAGAAUAGAAAUGGAAAAUAGUAUUGAAGAAUAUUAUGAAGAAGAUGAUUACAUGGCAGUAGAUGAUGAUUUUUGGGAUGAAGAGUUUGGUGAUAAAAAGAAAAGAAAACGUGAUAAAAAAGAUCAGCGUCUUAAUGAAAAAGCAAAACAAUUACAAAAAUAUAAAAUUUUACAAGCUAAUCUACAAGAUAGGAAUGGCAACUUUUACACAAUAAAAAAAAAAGUCAGUAAUAUAAACCCAAGUUUACCAACAUAUAUUAAAAUUCCUGCUGCACCAAUCCAAUCUUCAUGGGCACAUAGUAUUAUUUUUUCUGAUGAAUCAGUCAAAGAAGUUUCCAGUUCAAGAUAUUUUGAAAAAGAUAUUUUAUCAAUGGAUCUUAAAAAACUUGGAACAAACUUCCAAGCUGUAUAUAUAGAUCCACCACUUUUGUUACCAGGUGAAAACCCAUCUCCAGGAAAAAUAACUGUUGAGCAAUUAGGUAAACUUAAUGUAACAGCCGUUGUUCCUAAAGGGUUUCUUUUUAUUUGGGUUGAAAAGGAAUUUAUACCAGAUAUUGUUCAAAUAGCUGAAAAUUGGAAAUUUCGAUAUGUGGAAAAUUUCUGUUGGAUUAAAAAAAAUUUAAACAAUCAGAUUUCACAUCAACCAUAUAGAUAUUUCAAUAAAUCAAAGAAUCCAGAUUGUCUAUUUGACUUUAUAAAACCAGAAACAGAAGACAUGUUAACUGAAGCUAAACCACGGGUUGUUUAUGAAAUCAUUGAAACUUUACUUCCACAAGCAGCUUAUAGUGAAACCAAUAAUAAAGGAGACAGAUUGUUAGAAUUGUAUGAUAUCAAUGUUAAUAUAUGUACAUGUGUCUGUGCCUGUGUUAAAAAAUUUCCACGAAUUAUACGUAAAGGAUGGUCAACAGUUGCUCAAAGUGGUUAA